AUGGAGAUUCCGACACCGUGCGUAACCAUAGAAAAAAUAGAAGCAUCCGAUGUUACUACAAAUCCUGAAAGUCGGCAACAUAAGUCACGUGGGAUAUUACAACCGCGCGCGGAAAGAAUAAAGAAAUUACUACGUUUAAUACAUCUGAACCCCAAAGAACAAAGGACUAUAGAAUAUAUCUGUGAAGAGUUUCGCGAUAUUUUCCACUUAGAAGGAGAAUCUCUGACCUGCACGGACCGAGUGGAACAUGAAAUAACUACACGUAUUGAUACUGCACCUGUUAACGUUCGACCUUACCGAUUACCUGAAAAACACAAACUAGAGGUAAAUCGACAAAUAAAAGAAAUGCAUAAUGACUUCCGAAAACUGAACAACCUUACUAUUGGAGAUUCCUUUCCUCUACCUAAUAUAACGGAUAUAUUGGAUCAACUAGUCAACUCCAAAUAUUUUACGACAUUGAACCUCGCAUCGGGAUAUCAUCAAAUCCCCAUGGCUGAGCAAGACAAGGCAAAAACUCUCACGAAACUAGUGAGAAAAGGUGAAAAAUUUAUAUGGACCACAGCGCAACAAAACGCUCUUGACACUUUAAAAGAAAAGCUUACAACAGCGCCCGUCCUUAAAUAUCCUAAUUUUAGCCAGGAAUUUAUUGUCACUACCGAUGCUUCCGAUCAUGCUACAGAAGCGAUAUUGUCGCAAGGACCAAUAGGGCGAGAUCGUCCUAUCUCAUACGCCAGUCGAGUACUAUAUCGGGCGGAGCAGAACUAUAAUACUACCGAAAAGGAACUUUUAGCAAUCGUGUGGGCUGUUAAACAUUUCCGACCUUAUUUAUAUGGGACCAAAUUUAAGAUAGUUACCGACCAUAAACCCUUGACAUGGCUAUUCAAUGUUACCGAUCCUGGAUCAAGAUUAAUACGAUGGAAACUAAAACUAGAAGAAUAUAAUUACGAAAUCAUCCAUGAGCCAGGUAAAGCAAAUUUGAAUGCUGAUGCUUUAAGCAGAAACGUCGCCCCACCUAUCCUCAAAGAGAACAUCAAGGUUUACAAUGCACAUUGA